AUGCCUAUGAGACGCGAGGUGCCAAAAGAAAAGAAUUCUGACCAAUCAAACUCCGCACACUCCACCAAAGAUAGCUAUCCUUUUUCCAAGGAUCUCAAUAUCCCUCAGCGACAAUCUCAGCCAAAUGAAAAGCAAGCACGAGAACGUCCAUUAUCAACCCUCUUACCCAAAUCCACAACCCAAUACACAAAUACUAUUAGUAGCAAUAGUAACAACAAUAUCUCUGCAGCAGCGGCAAUAGCUUCAAAUUCAACGUCAACCUCAACGUCAACCUCAACCUCAACUUUAACUUCAUCAUCAGCAACAACAACGAUAGCAGCAGGAGCAGGAACAUCAAAUCCGGUUCCUCCAACCCAAACUCAGAUAGAUAUCGUACGCUAUACCUGGGAGCGUGUAACAGAAAUUCGACAUUCCACUGAUGAUCCCUUGAUCUCACCACCGCAUGCUUUUGGAUUCGCACUCUACAAAGCAUUGUUUGAUCUUGACAAUGAUCUUCGGUUAGUCUUUCCAAAUGUGCUUCAGCAGGCCAGAGCACUUGCUGGUAUGAUUGCGUAUAUUGUCCGUGCACCAGCUGUGACAUUUGCAGAAAGGAAUCCAUUGCAAUGCUGUGCGAAUGCUUCCGAAGAAAACAAGCCAGGAGUAGGAGGAAGUAGAGGGUUGCCGUUGGUGUGUAUACAUGGCAAUAGACGGCAGCAGCCGACUCCAACCAUACAGGCCAUCAAUGCUCGAAAACGUGCCAAUCAAAUGACAGCAACAACUGACUCCCCUUCAUUUUCAGAUGUUGUGACCCAAGCAGCGGCAGCAAAUGCUUGUCCUGCCUCUGCUUCCGCCUCUGCCUCUGCUUCCGCCUCUGCCUCUGCUUCAUUUUCUGCAACUCAGGCAAAUAAAUGUUCUGGUUCGGUAGAGGCACGUGGAGGGGGAAUUGACGACGAGGGGCUGGAUCCAGAAUGGCUUGGCCAGAGAUUGAGGCGACUAGGAGCAAGACAUUAUGGAUACAAUGUUGAGCCACACCACAUAGCAUACAUGGGACCAGCCGUUAUUCGAGUGUUAAAAGAAAGACUGAGAGACGAGUUUUUACCAGAAGUAGAAGAUGCCUGGCAGACUACUCAUGCGUUUGCAGCACAUCACAUGAAGAUUGGCUUGGAAGCUCAAAAGGCUAGUGAAGAAGAAAGCCAGAACAACCAUCGACAAUCGCGUGGACCAAGGGCUACUUGUUGUAUUCAAUAA